UUUCCUACCGUUUAUAUACAUUUCAUCCCGUUGCUCCGCUGCUGGUUUUUGUUGUUUUACCGAUGAUAUUUUCUCGUUCUACUGACCGUGAGCGCCCGUCAAUUUACCGGAUAGACACAAUUCAACAUUUUUGUAUAGCUAUUUUGAGUGAAAUUAGCCGAAAAAUCUUUCGGCUUUACCACUGCAGUCAGCCAACACGUCCAGUGAGUGGCUGUGCAGGCCGUUCCCUCCAAAUCGACUUUCAUUUUUGAGACACGCCAAGUGUGUGCGCGUAACGUAUCAGAUCAUAGACAACAAAGGAUCGCGGCGACGACAUCGGAGACGCCAUGCCGCUUCUUCACAAAAAACCUUUCUCUAAAAACCCGGUCCCAAGGGGGCUUCGGGACACAGAUGAAGUGUUCUACUGUGAGAUGACAAAAGAGAUAUUCCUCAAUUACGAGCAUUAUGUUGAAAGAAUUAUACUUUGUAACUCAUUAGUAUGGUCAUGUGAAAUUACUGGUAAAAAAAACAUGACUUAUAAAGAAGCUUUAGAUUGUGAAAUAGAAUCAAAAAGAAUGUUGAAUGAUUUUCCUAAUGAACUUCAAAAACCAAUUCUCUUUUUAUUAUCUUUGACCAAAUGUUCUUCAUUAAAAGAACUCAUAGAACAAAUAUUUAACUAUGUCAGAUAUCGUUAUUUUAUAUCUGAAAUUGUAGAAGUUGCCUUAGAACAAGAUCAGUGGUUAAAAUGUAGAGUAUUAGCAGUACAUUCACCAUCAGAUCAAAAAGGGACAGAUCGGAGUCGUACUCCUAAGAAAUCAAAUGACAGUGGUCAAAGUGGAGGUCAUUUGUCAUACAGUUAUGAUGUAGAACUUCUUAAUAGCCCUUCUAAAAAGGGAAACCCCAAUAACGAACCUAUUUAUCGAGUAGAUGCAGUUCAAAUAAAAAGAUCGAAAAAUUGUUUUACAAGAGAUAGAUGCAGAUUUUUUAUUACACAUAAUGUUGAACUUAAAAAUGGACUUAUUUUACUAAAAGAAAGUGUUGCAAGUCAAAUAGCAAAUAUGAAAUUUGAAGAUAUUUUUAGUGGUGAAAUUCCACAAUUUUCUGAAACUAAAAAGAACAAAGUAUUAGCUAAGAAUGGUUUAGUUAAGAAACAAGAAUUAAUAAAUGGAGAAACAUCUAAGAAAAAUGAAAAAACAAUUCAAGAAGUAGCUGAGAAAAUAAAAGAAGAAAAGUUAAGGGUUAAAGAGAAAAGAAAGGAAGAAAAAGAGAAACUUGCUAAGUUUAUGAAAGAAUGGAGUAAGAAGAAAGAGGAUCUAGAGUUAGAAGAUUUAAAAGAGUUACCAGUUGCUAAACCAGUAAAUUUAAAAAUUCCAAAUAAACUUUUUGGCGAAUUUGUUAUGAUCUAUGAGUUUUUUCAAAACUUUUGGUCUCAGCUUGAUGCAGGCAGUUAUUUUCCUCAGGGCUUAAGUAUAGAGUUGUUGGAAAAAUGUAUUGUUGAAUCAGAAGUUGCUGGACCUUUGAAUACACUUAUACAAGUGCUACUGACAACAAUAUUUGAUCUUGAAGAGGACGAAGAGGCUGACAUGAAAGAUAGUCAUAUAUCUGGCUCAGAACCUGUUUACAAUAUUUGUGAUGAAAAAAUUCGCAAUGCUAUAAAGUAUGCCACCAAUGUAAAAAAUUGGACUAUAAAUCAUCUUGGACAACAUUUAAAUAAAAUCAUGUUGCAACCAACUGUAAUAUCCGAAGUUUUGAGAUUACAUUUACUAUCAUCAGGUGGAAAACACUCAGAAAAAAUGGCUAAGUGGAUGUAUCAAGAGAGAGGAAAUUAUUGUCCUACUGAUGAUCCUGGGUUUACUUUGAGGUUAAAUCGUCCAGAUUUAUUAGAAUCUCUCAGUCAUCACCACAUUUCUAGUCUAUCAAUUGCUGACAAAAUGGCCAUUCUUAAUUGUCUUAUGAAUCAGAUUUUGACUUUUUCAUCUUAUCGUAUACAAUUACAAAAUACUGUAGUUAAAACAAGAAAUGCUAGAUUAGAAGUUAGAAGUGCAGUUGCAGCUGAGAAAAAAAAAUCAGUUGAAUUAUCUCAAAAGAAAAAUUUGAAUAUUUUUUUAAAAAAAAAAGAAAUGAAACUUCUAAAUGGGGAUUCAAGUAUUGUUGAGUCAGAUCAAAAAGCUAUUGAAGCAAAACAAAAUGAAUGGAACAAAAAGUUAAAUGAACUUAGUGAGUUAGGUAUGACCGCUCAAAUAUUACCACUUGGCACCGACCGAGCUUUUAGAAGAUACUGGAUAUUUGCAUCUAUGCCUGGACUUUUUGUUGAAGAUUAUGAGCCCAAUCCAGGAACUUGUUUACCUGAUGGAACACCUGUUAGUAACAUCACAGAUAAAGAUACUGUAAGUUAUGUUAAACGUCUAUUUGAAAUGAAUGAAAAAGAAAAUGUUGAUGAAACAAGAACUAGUCUUUCAAACAUGCCUUUAAAGAAAAAACUUGUUGACAGUAUAAAUGAAUCAUCAUUCAUGAGUAAUGGUAGUUUUAGAGAAGAUCCAAAAAAAUCAAUUUACAGUUGUUGGGGUCCAGAUAAUAAUUGUCCUGUACAUGAUGAAAAUCAUGAUAGACUCACAUGGAGCUACUUUAAUACACCUGAAGAAUUAGAAAUUCUACUUGAAAAUCUUAAUUCAAGAGGUUUAAGAGAAAGUGAACUGAAAAAAACCAUAGCAUUAGAAAAACAUAGAAUAAUUUCUAGCAUGGAAAAGUGUACUAAUUGUCUCUUAGAUCCUUCGAUGAUGAUAGAAGAUGAUAAAAGAAUUCAAAAACGUUUAAAAACAGAAUUUUGUGAAUUUAAGAAAGUAAACGUAAAAUUUCUCCGCGUUGAUGAUGAUGUUGAUACAUCCCUAGAACUAACAUUGAGAGAAUAUAUUUUAGAUGUUGAAAGACGAUUAAAUACAACAGCUCUUGGUAACCUUUCAACAAAGAUACCCAAGCGCGAUGAUUGGAGAGAUGAUAUUUUAAGUGGAAUCUAUGAAGUUGAGGGUCAUUUAUCAUGGGGUAAUAGAAGCAAAGUGGUGAAUAUUAAUGAAAAUGAAAAAGAUAGUUCACCAGAGCCUCUAAAUUACCAAGAUCCUAUUAAUUAUGUAAUUGAUAAUGUUAAUAUUAACGAGAAAGUAACUAAUUUAGCAUCAAUUAUUCUUAUAUUAGAACAAUCUGUAGAGCUAAAAUUUUUGAAACGACCAUUAGGCUAUGAUAAAAAAGAAAAAAUGGGUGUUUCUGCAAUAAAUCCCAUGUUAGAUAAAUGGGAGUUAUCACUAAUGAGUUCUGUUAAUUUUUCUCAAUUAUUUUUACAUCUUAUAACUUUAGAAAAAAGUAUUGAAUGGUCAAAAUCUAUUAUGAAAGUCAAUUGUGUCUUAUGCAGAAGUAAUAAAGAUGAAGAUGUAAUGUUGUUAUGUGAUAAUUGUAAUAGAGGUCACCAUAUUUACUGUUUAAAGCCUAAACUUAAAAAAAUUCCUUCAGGAGACUGGUAUUGUCAAAAAUGUAAACCUUUAGUAAAAAAUCAAUCUGAUGAAUAUGAACCAGAAGAAAAAGUGAAAAUUGAUAUUUGUCAUAUAUGUAAAGAAGAAGGUUCUGUAAUAACUUGUGAUGAUUGUUCCAAAAAUUAUCAUCUAUCUUGUUUAAAUCCUCCAAAGCGUGUUCCACCUAAACGAAAUUGGACAUGUUUCAUUUGCCGUCAAACUUCUUGCAAAGAUGAUAUGGAACAGGUUGAGGUUGAAAGGUGUAGCAGGCGAAAGAGCUCGCAGGCUGCCACUGCUAAAAUAUCUGAAUUUGCUCGGCAGUUGUUGCACACAACAGCCAGAUAUUAUGAAGAAGAAAAUGUAACUGAGGAAAAAAGUCGACGAAGAGCUAGGCAUUCAGAAAAUACAACUUUAACAACAGCUGGAGAUUUACCGUUAGACAAUGCACUAUUGCAAUUACUUUUAAAUCAAGUCAUGCAUCAUCCAGAUGCUUGGCCAUUCUUACGGCCUGUUACUAAGUCACAGUGUCCAGAUUACCAUGCUAUUAUAAAAAAUCCUAUGGAUUUGGGAACUGUUAAGUAUAAACUAAAUAUGCUGUCUUAUAGGACAAAUGAGGAUCUGUUAAGUGAUAUGGAGCUUAUAUUCGAAAAUUGCUUCUAUUAUAACUCAGAAAGUUCAGAAGUUUAUAAAUGUGGGGAAGAAGUCUAUAAUUAUUAUAAAAAAUUAUGUCAAGAAUGUAACCUGAAAGAUUUCAGUGAGGAUGGACAAUUUGAUGGACCUCCGCCAAAGAAAUCAAAACAUAGUUUUUAAUCAAUGACAUGUUAUAAGUUAACAUUUAAUUUAUAUUUUUUACAUUGAGUCAUUAAUUACUUGCAAAAUUUCUUUAAUAUGUGGUAGUUUAAAAAUAUAACUAUUUAAAA